GAACCGAAGGGAAAUGAAACUGGGGCAGCCAAUCGGCGACCAAGAUGUCUUGACAGCAAGUGCAGAAGCGGCUUCCGGUUUCACCACGACAGGAAGUGGGUGUCAGAGCAGCAACAAGGUGCAUCCAAGGUGUCCUUGCAACGUCUCUCUACACAGUUAAGAGACGUCAUGGAUAAAGAUUAUGUGGGUUUUGCAACCCUGCCCAGCCAGGUCCACAGAAAAUCGGUGAAGAAGGGCUUUGACUUCACCCUGAUGGUCGCAGGAGAAUCUGGCCUGGGGAAAUCUACUCUUGUGGACAGCCUUUUCUUGACAGAUCUGUAUAAAGACCGUGUGUUCCCAGAUGUGGAAGCCAGGAUCCCUAAGACGCUGGAGAUUGUCAAACAUGCUGUAGAUAUUGAAGAAAAAGGGGUGAGAGUGAAAUUGACAGUGAUUGAUACUCCAGGAUUUGGCGAUGCGGUGGACAAUACAGAGUGCUGGAAGCCAAUUGUCCAUUACAUUGAUUGCCAGUUUGAACAGUAUUUUCGAGACGAGAGUGGCUUGGACCGCAAGAACAUCCAGGACGGGCGUGUCCACUGCUGUCUCUAUGUUCUGUCACCUUUUGGACAUGGUCUCCGACCUUUGGACAUUGCAUUCCUCCGAGCCAUCCAUGAGAAAGUUAACAUUGUGCCAGUGAUUGGAAAGGCGGAUAGCUUGACUCCGGCUGAAGUGCAGUACAAGAAACAGAAGAUACGGCAAGAGUUAGCAGAAAACAGAAUUCACAUUUACGAGUUCCCAGACUGUGAUUCAGAUGAAGAUGAAGAGUUCAAAGCUCAGGAUGCUGAGAUGAAGCGCAGCAUCCCCUUUGCAGUCAUUGGAUCCAGUCAGGUGGUCAGAGAGCUGAAGGACAAAGUCUUCCGGGGAAGGCUAUAUCCCUGGGGCACAGUGGAAGUGGAAAAUUCUGCUCACUGCGACUUCCUAAAACUUCGGAAUAUGCUGAUCCAAACCCAUAUGCAAGAUUUGAAGGAUGUCACCCAAGAGGUUCAUUAUGAAAAUUACCGUGCACAGUGCAUUCAGAGCCUGACCAGAACAGGCGCUCGGGACCGCAGCAGUCGCGCGAAACUGUCGCGUCAAAGUGCCACUGAGUUGCCUCUUCUGCCGUUGGCCGAGACGGAGAAACUGAUUCGUGAGAAAGACGAGGAGUUGCGCCGGAUGCAAGAAAUGCUGCAGAAAAUGCAGGCACAGAUGUUACAGAACCAAGGGGACCAAUGCGACAGCCUCUGAAGCAUGAUGAUGAUGAUGCUCUUUUCCCAUAUGACCAUGGAAAUCCUAGCAGAGAUGUUUGAGCCUCCUUCCACAUGGCUGGAUUCUGAUGAGGGCUACCUACGGCGAGUGAAAAUAAAAGUGGCAAGUUGCUGGACACACUGUGUCUCUGGGGAAAAGCAGCGUCAUCACUGAAGGAAUUUUCGCACUAGUUAACGCCUCUCUCUCUCAUAAAUUACUUUCUUUCUACGACUUGCUUGUAAUAGCAGCAUCUUACUGGCAUAAUAUGGCUUCAAAUGAAUACACAAAAGUGGUCUACAAAAAUAAAAUAUAUUUCAUGAAAAUGGAGGACCGGCUUCCGGGAAGAA